AUGAUGAUCGCAGACGCCGUUUCCAAGCCUGUGAAUCAUCACCUCGCAUCUGAACAAAAAAGGGAUGCUUAUGGCUUUUCUGUGAGGCCUGACCAUGUGCAAAGAUACCGAGAAUAUGUUAAAAUCUACAAGGAGGAAGAAGAGGAGAGGUCAGACAGGUGGAUUAGUUUCCUGGACGGUCAUGCAGAUUCUGGGAAUGGAUCCUCUGAUGAUAAACAAACUGAAACUGAUAGCCAAAAAGAAGACGGAUUAAAAAAUUCAGGUUCUGAUUUAACUGCUAGGGAUGUGGGAGAGGAAGAAGAACAUCCCAAUGCAGAGAUGAAUGUGAAGCAAAUUCAGUUAUGGACUGAGAUCAGACCAUCUCUACGAGCAAUUGAGGAGGUGAUGAGUGUCCGUGUCAAAACGAAGGGCGAGCAAGAAGAUCAGAAAUUGACUGAUGAGGCCAAAUCUUCAAAGGGAGUAUAUGAGAAUGAUUCUGAAGACGAGUUCUAUGAUGUGGAGAGAUCUGAUCCAGUUCAUUAUGGUGCAAAUCUCUCCGGCAUAUCUAGUCCUGCUGAUGCAACUUCCCUAGAAUCUGCAUGCCCUUGGAAAGAAGAACUUGAUGUACUUGUUCGUGGCGGUGCACCUAUGGCUCUGAGGGGUGAGCUCUGGCAAGCAUUUGCGGGAGUAAAGAAACGCCGAGUCGAUAACUAUUACCAAAAUCUUCUAGCUGCUGAUAGUCUAGGAGAUGAUAUAAAGCAGGAGCACAUAGAGCAUGCAGAUGAGAAGUCUUCAAUUACAGACCCCCUCGCUGUUGCAGAGAAAUGGAAAGGACAGAUAGAAAAGGAUUUACCACGGACAUUUCCAGGUCAUCCUGCAUUAGAUGAUGAUGGCAGAAAUGCUUUGCGGCGAUUGCUAACUGCCUAUGCUAGGCAUAAUCCCUCUGUUGGAUACUGUCAGGCCAUGAAUUUCUUCGCUGCUCUUUUACUACUUCUGAUGCCUGAAGAGAAUGCUUUUUGGUCGCUGGUAGGAAUCAUUGAUGACUACUUCAGUGACUAUUAUUCAGAAGAGAUGAUCGAGUCACAGGUUGACCAACGAGUUCUGGAGGAGUUGGUUCGAGAGCGAUUUCCUAAACUGGUUCAUCAUCUAGAUUAUCUUGGAGUGCAGGUGGUUUGGGUUACAGGGCCAUGGUUUCUUUCCAUCUUCAUCAAUGUGCUUCCAUGGGAAAGUGUUCUCAGAGUGUGGGAUGUGCUACUAUUUGAAGGAAAUCGAGUUAUGCUUUUCAGAACAGCACUUGCACUGAUGGAGUUUUAUGGUCCUGCAAUAAUCACAACCAAGGACACUGGAGAUGCUGUUACUUUGCUACAAUCAAUGACUGGCUCAACAUUUGACAGCAGCCAGCUCGUUUUCACUGCUUGCAUGGGUUACCAAGAUGUACAUGAAAGUAGGUUGCAGGAAUUAAGAAGAAAGCACAGACCAGCUGUGGUAGCUGCAUUUGAGGAAAGAUUAAAGGGGCUUCAAGCUUGGAGGGACUCAAAAGACCUUGCAACCAAAUUAUGCAAUUCUAAGCAAGACCCAAGAUCCGUUUUAGUGAAUUCUAGCAAAGCCUCAUUGUCAAAUGGGAGCUUGUCUUGCUCUGAAUCAGGAUCUAGUUACGCAGAUGAAGUCUUGAUUGGGGAUGGAGAGACAGAAUAUAUUCAAGAUCUUCAAGGACAGGCUCUCCGACUGAAAGGUGAACUCUGCAAUUUGCUUGAGGAGAAAAGAUCCGCUUUACUAAGAGCUGAAGAGUUGGAGGUAGCUCUAAUGGAGAUGGUCAAACAAGACAAUCGGCAUCAACUGAAUGCUAAGAUUGAGCAGUUAGAGCAAGGGGUGACAGAUAUUCGAAGACUUGUUUCUGAUAAGAAGGAGCAAGAAGCUGCUAUGAUACAGGUAUUGAUGCGGAUGGAGCAAGAACAUAAGGUAGCAGAGGAAGCACGGAGACUUGGUGAGCAGGACGCAGCAGCGCAGAGAUAUGCUGCUGAAGUGCUUCAGGAAAAAUAUGAGGAAGCUGUUGCUGCGAUUGCAGAGAUGGAGGAGAGGGCGAUAAUGGCAGAGUCCAUGUUGGAGGCGACAUUGCAGUAUCAAUGCGGCCAAGUCAAAGCACAACCUUCACCACGGCAUGUGAAGAAAGAUCUGCUGGUCAUGACCUGUCCCUAG